AUGGUUACGAUCAUACAGCCAUCCCGUCAAAUCCAACGACGCUUCCAAAACCGCCUCGGCGUAUCAGCCUUUACAACUUUUUCGCCUGCCCAAACCCAAACGGAGUCCGGGUCGGAGUCGCCCCAAAAACCCAGCAACCGGGACCCGUCUGAUCUCGACCCAAACUCCACUGAAAGCACAAGCAGUGGUGCCCACGGUAUCCACGCCGAAGUCGCUAGCCAGCAGACUGCUUUCAACCCAUCAAACACUGUCCCAGAGUUCGAGCUCGAGGCGGCGCGCCAGGAACCAGCCGGGGGCAAUAAUAGCGGCGGUAGUGGCGACGCCGAUGCAGGCGUUGACGGCUAA